UAGAGGAGAGGAGCGUGUAGAGGCGCACACUGCUGCUGGACUUUCACUCUUCUCUCGCCUGCUACCCCUGGAACACCUCGCAGCUUCGCCCUCGGUUCCCCAACCCAGGACCAUGGACGUGAAAGUGGUCGCCCUGGUGACCUUUCUGGUGGUAACACUUGCGCUCUCCGAGGGAAAACCGGUCAGCCUGAGCUACAGAUGUCCCUGCAGAUUCACUGAGAGCAACGUGGCCAAAGCCAACAUCAAGCAUCUCAAAAUCCUCAACACACCCAAUUGUGCUCUCCAGAUUGUGGCAAGGCUGAAGAGCAGCAGCAGACAAGUAUGCAUUGAUCCUAAAUUAAAAUGGAUUCAAGAAUACCUGGAGAAAGCUUUAAACAAGGGGCGCAGACAAGCAAGAGUGGGGAAAAAAGAAAAGAUAGGAAAAAAGAAGAGAGAGAAGAAAAGAAAGGCUGCUCAAAAAAAGAAAAACUAGUUGCCCAUUGCUGCCCUGGAGAGAUGGACCCCCUUCCCCCCACAAUAUGCUCUGCUAUUUAUCCACGGCGUUUUGUAAGCUUGCUCUAACCUCCCACACAAGGCUGCCUCUGGUAAAGAAAGAAACAGCCGGACUAGCACUUACGGGUGACCUUGUAUUUGCCUUCCAGUGACUGAGCAACUUUUCUGAGCUCUGAUGGUAUGCGUGCUCUAUUUGAGGCCUUUCUUGGCCCAGUUAACAUAUGAAGAAGGUAGUUGUCUUUCAGAAAUGGGGGUCAUGAUCUGUAAGACCCAGCCAGCUUCUCCCAAGACUCUUUUUUCCCCCUAAAAUUGACUGAGGGCACCACGUUUAACUCGCAUCUCUGAAGUGCUUUAUCCAGGGCCUUCUAACAGGUUCUGCUAUCUCCCAGUCUUAAAGUGACCCAGUUAAAGAGGCCAACCAAGCACCAAUACAAGUUCGCUUUGCAUGUCUGCUGACUUGGGGGAGGGGGGGACCUCCAGAGCCCCAGUUCUCUGUAAAAAAAGGUGACAUGCUUGGAACAGCAGAGCAACAGCCAUAAGGAAAAAACCAAAACCAAAACCUAAAUGAGAAUAGGUAUUAGAAAAGGUGCUCUCUUGUUUUCUUCAGCCUAAGUUUUAAAGGGAGGACACCAAGCACUGGGAAAAAAAAGCAACUUGGCCCUAGUGCUUGGGGCAGGACUCACUCCAUCUUGGUUGCAGUUAAUAAUGGCACUCUGUCUUCCGGCUCCUGGUUUCCAAUUGCACUGAUGACACACUAUUAUUGAUAGCUAUUUUUUCAAUCAUUGUGCCUGAUGAUCUUCAUCCAUGCCCAAGCCUCCCAGCCUGGAGCUCACCCUUUCCUGUGUUACCUCAGGGCUUGGGUUAGAGGUGAUAACAGUUUAUUAGAGGUUCUUGCCACUUGCUGAGAAGCAAGGGCCCCAGAGGAAUGCCUCUAUUCAAAGUGUCCUGGGGAGAAUCCACCUAUUGAUCAGCCUUCUGGGACCGUGUGUUCUCUGGGUAAUCUGUUGUGUAUGCUGCAUAUAUCAUUUCUGUAAUUGAAAGAAGGGCACUUGGAGCUACUUCCCUGCUGUGGGAAAGAUCCACAAUCUGGGUCAAUUGUGAUAUUCUCACAUUCCCUUUGUGAGGGUUCCUUGCUGAGGCCCUUUGCCCUCAUUUCCACUGUCUUCAAGAACUGAGUGAGGAUGCUUCUGGCUAUAGAAUAGAACUCAAUGGAUUCAUGGCCCAAGUGGUCAAAACUUCUAUUCAGGUGAAAUAAAUGCCCAGGGGAGAUCAUGGGGUUGCCCAUUGCCUUAUAACAUGCUUCCCUGUACAUUGGAGAUUUUAGAAUGAAAGAAUGAUUCCUUCAUUCUUUCCCUUCCUUUUCUCCUCUUGCCUCUCAGCUUAUCAUUUUAAUAAAUUCCAGAAAGACAGAUGGAUAGAGUUGGGGGUUGUGGGAUGGAAAGAAGGAAAGAUGAGACAAAAUAGCACCCUGACAUAGAAGAGUGCCAAAUUCAUGAUGAUCAAAGUGAUGUCAAGCCCCUCUCAGCACUUUGAAUGUCUCUCUUGUAUUUCUCGGCACAUUUAAAUUGUUCAUUUUCCUCAUUGGAAAAAAAAAAGUGUCUGGAGAACCCAACUAAAAUGCCACAAAAGAACAUUUGUUUCUCAGUUCACCAUUUAAUCUGAGAUAACAUCCAGACUUCUGCUGCACAGUUGAUGGGAGGGAUGCUCUGCUGAUAGUUUAAUGAACCUUUGGGUGUGGAGGAAUAUCUUCCUUGGCAAGAGCUGUAUUGUUGGAGACUGGACUGCAAGGAGCUGGGUUUAUCGUCCUCAUUCCCCUCCUAAGCUCCAAAGACACCUGGCUGUUUGCUGACACAAAUAGUGGUGAAAUACCAGGCAGAAUGGUCACAUUCUUUGGAAAACCAAUGGGAGCUCUACUCAGGAAAAGAGGUGUUGGAGACGGCCACGUGAUAUGCUGGAAGUACCUUCUUCACAAUCAAACUUUUGCUCAUGACAAAAUGGGUUUCUUUAAUCCCUCAAAGUACAGAAACAAUGCUUAGCUGCUUGAGUAUAAAGGAUAAGGCUGGCAUGGGCCCCAGAGCAUGAUGGAAAAAAUGUGGCUUCUUGGAACCAACAGGUCAGGGGUGCAACAUGUUAACCAAGCUUACAGUGUGAUGAUGGAAAAUUAUUGUUUCCAUAUUGCAACUGGAAAAAACCAUCUCCUUAGUUCUGCCACUGUGGAGUCUUCUGUGGAUUUCUAACUUCAGCAUUCUUCUUCCUUUGCCUUUCUAAGAAGGGGCCAGUUGGGUUCUGUGGGUAUGCUUGGGAAACAUACCAAGGUCAAAGAGAGCAGGGAAAUAGUUUGGAUCUUAAUGAGGUUGGUCUUUUGUCUCCUUCCUAAUUGCUACCCAUCUCUUUACCUAGCACUUUAUCUUGCUAAGUGGUUUUGUAAAAGUAUUCAUCAACAUUAUUGAUCCUAAUUUACUUGAGAAAAUGAAGAAAUCACUGGCCCAAGCUCAAACAAGAGAGAGCAAAUAUUCUCACUAAUUUUUUGAAUUUUAAAUCUUUAGCAUAAUCUACCGAACUCUUCCUCAAGAGCGGUGUUCCCUUUAAAUCUAACCUAAGACAAUAAGAUACAGAAUAAGGGUAUUAUAUGUGUUAAGUAUCAUAUUAUAAAUUAAGGAGGUUUUCUGGGAUUCCUUUCCGGGGGCUAUUUAUUCAUGCCUUACCUCACCUGUAUCUUCAUUGCCCUGUUAGAUGACAAUGACAUAGAUAUGGCAGCUAGAGGGAACUAGAUGCCUAGCAGGAUAGAGCUUCAUUUAAAUGCAGGAUUUCUGACUGUACAGCCUGUUCAUGUGGUAUGUUAUGGUGAUGUUAGAUUUAAAGGAAUUAAAUAAACCCAUGUCUUUGGGAGAUCCAAAGAGUGAGACGUGUGUCAAUCUGCACAUGUGCUCUGAAGUCCGUGAACUGCUUCCUUAUCACCUGGUCAAUUCUACCCCUUCUGGGAACCUGCUUGUGUAAGUAUGAUUUCUUGUGCAUCCUGCUUCUGAUCUCAGGUCAAUGAAUGCAUUUGUCCUUCAUUCAUACUGAGCUGAUUCUUAAAAAUGAGGUUAUUGCCAAAGGCCAAUUUCUGUUUUAUUCUGUUUGACCAAAACUCGUCCUGUUUCCUUGUCAAUUUGUCCAUUUGUCUUUGCUGUGUAUUCCACCUUACUCUUCACCUCUUUAAUACUGACCAUUGUACUAACUCUGAACUGCCUUCACUACCCAGUCAAAGUGAUGUGGGACCCAUUGUUUCCAGGGUCUUUUCCAAAAGGAAGAACAUCACAUGGGAUUUUGAAGUAAUUGUUGAAACGCCAACAUCAAGGGCAUUCCAAGCAGGCAUUGGUGUUUGAACCUUGAUUGAACUUUGAGAAAUGACCACCUGUCUUUGAAUAGGGUCCAAUGAUGACUAAAGCUUUAGUCGGAAUUUGCCUUAAUGGUAUUUCACUCUGUUCUUCAU